AGUGGGUAUAGAUUUCACAUCAAUGUUUUUUUUACACAGGUUGAAUAGUGGCACAGUUAUGAUCACUGUUGCCUUGUGGCAAGAAGAUCCCAGGUUUGAAUCCAGACCUGGGCAGGAAUUUACAUGAUCUCUGGCUUUCUUCCAAAAACAUGAAGUUAAUUAGUCUCUCAAAAUAGACCUUAUGUAGGAAUGUGUGUGCAUGGUUGUUUGUCCCUUGUGUCUCUGUGUUGCUCUGUAAUGGAAAGGUGACCUGUCCAGGGUGUCCCCUGCCUCUCAUCCAAUGACUGCUGAAGAAAAGCACCAGACCCCCACCCCUCAAAGGAUAAGUGGGUGUAGAGAAUGGAUGGAAAAGAGAAGCUCUGCUUAUAAUAUGAAGUGCAGUUAUACUCAGUACUGUGUCACUGAGUCAUACGAUGCUAUUUUAAAGUGUAAAGAGAUUAAGGCAAUAUCCACGCUCAUGUAAUUCAUGUAGUUUUGUCAGUUUAAAUUCAGUUCCGUUCAGUCCAGUCAGAUUCAGAUCAAAUUAUACGUCAUCCUAAUAUAUCAACAGCCCCUUCUUACCUCUGUGGCUGUUAACAGUAGCAAUGCUAAGUGGAUGAAUGAAUGAAUGAAAAAUAAAAUAGAAUCUAGAGGUCAUAAUUGUUUUGGCAAAAUGUUUCUUCAAAAUGUUUUAUGUACGAAAUAUAUUUUAAGAUUUGAGAUAAUUUUAUUUGUUCGAAUAAAUUAAGAAAUUUGAAUGUUUUUGUACUUUGUAUUUUGAGUAACAAAAUUAUCUUUUAAUCUAAAUUACCAUAUAGUUUUUGCAGUGGGAUGAAAUGAGAUGUCCUUUUAUUUUCUUUUUUAUUAUUAUGGGUUUAUAGGGCCAUAAUUUACAUUGAAAUCACAGAGCCCUCUAGUGGUUGUAUGGAAGGAAAGGAGGCUUAAAGAAAAACACAUCUUGACUUUUUGGAUUUUUCUUGUAAUAGCUAAGAAGUAUGAUGGUGGCUCAUGAAAACGCAAAAGAAUAAUUUAAUCCCCAAUUUUUUUUUUCUCAAGAAAAGCUUGUCUUUAAGAUGGUGACAUUAUGCUAUAAAUUUGAUAGAAUGUUUAUCAAAAUAAUGAAGAAAUGCUUUGGUUGUAUUAUGCUAAUUAACUAUGAAAUAAUUUUACAGAAAAAUCAUUUUCAAAUUAAGAAUUAUCAGCAGAUUCAGGAAAAAAAUAUUUAGGUUCUUAUUUGUAAAUUUAUUUGUAAAUUGAAUCUGUUCACAUGGUGAAGUAGUUUUUGCUACUAAGGUAAAGCCUCUAAGAUCAGUUUAUUUUACUGAUUUUAAAAUCACCUAUCCUAAGGUUCUCUAAAUAAUUGUUCCUUUAUGAGAUGUGUAACUUUAGAAUCAGUUAAAAUCCAGUUACAUUUAUAGUGGCAGCUUGUUGAGAAGAAUCAAGGGUCUUUUUAUCCUGCUGAAGCUUCUGAGCUUCAGCACCUCCACCUUCCUCCAGGUGGAGGUGGCCAUCGUCCGCCUGUAGGGGCUGCACCUCCACCGUCUCAGGUGGCCUGGAAACCCCCAUCUGCCCCUGCAACACACACUGAAGGCAACAGCUUUAUUUUUGGAGCGUCUGCAGGCACCACUGCUCGCUCCCCAAGGCUCCAGUUGACUUCAGGAUGAGGCGGCCCUGUGGCACUCUGAGCCGGGAUUAACAAGCAGAGAACAGUUUUUUUCCCCGUCAGCUGAAGGUAAUCCACUCAAACUGAGAGUCUGCUGCUAGUUCAGAUGAAAGGUCCUGAUGGAUUGACCAGGUGCUGACCUGCAAACGUGCCUUAGAGUUUGAUAACAGCUUGUGCUCAAUAUGUAAUCUCAAAUGCUUGAUGCAUUUCACACAUUAAGAUGAUCCUCAAGAGGAUGGGCAUGUUGCAUGCCUUGCACAAACUUGUGCUUAGACAGAUAAAUAUAAGCAUGAAUCAGAGAUUAACAAAAUCUGCACAGUAUGAAAAUAGUAGUAUUUUUAAACAUUUAAUCUGAUGAGUUCUACACAGACCAACUGGGUGUACAUCCUCUCUAACAUCAGACUGUUGUUUCCUUCACAGCCAGUUAAAGGAAACCCAAGUGACACAAGUGUCCAAGUCAGGAAGGUGCAAUGCUGAUGGAGGUUUAUUAUACUAAUGGGUUGGAGCCUGACCUUUCACAGCAGUAUCCUCCACCUUUACUGCCAAAACCAGGUAAAGACAAUGCCAGGCUUCAAAAAUUAAAGAAGAAGAGAGCCAGGAAAAAAGGCAGCCUUUCUCAGACGCCCAUCCCCUUCCGCUCCUGUUUGUCACCUGUCAAUGAAGCAAGCACAGACCUAGAGCACAGUGACCAGUGCAGCCCACCAAGGACACCAGAGUCAGUCUACAUUUCUGACUCUUGUGUCUCCAGUUUUCCCUCUGGCUCUUUUUACGAUCACCAUGUAGCUUCAUUCCCUUACCCUCACAGCAGUGCCAAUGGACAAACUAACAGCUUUUACCCUCUGUCCCACCCAGCUGGGAUCAGGACCUCUGAACUGCAAGUGGCUCCACUGUAUGAGUGCUCCUCUUUCCUAUUUGACGAUGCUUCCCCCUUCAUAGUUCCACCUCUGACAUCUUCAACACUACAUGAGCAAGUUUCUGCACCAUGUCUUCCCCCAGCCUUCAGCAUGACAUCAAAUUCCCAUGGGUCAGUCACAACAAUCUCUCCAGUUGCUAUGUCACAGUGCAGCCCAAAAAUAUCCACCCACAGCCUGACCCUAUCUGCUGCUGCUGCCAACUCCAUGCCAGGCCUAGCACCUUCUCACAUUGCAGAUCUAUCUCCUGUUCCAAUGCCUCUAUCAGUUUCAAACACUCAUACACAACCAUUCAUUCCCAGCCAGAGGGAGACAAACACUGAUCUAAAGGCUGAUUUUCAGAGACAGACAUUAACUAAAACUAACACAGCCAGCAGCACUGGCAAUGGUGCUCUUCAACAGAUGUCCUCUGAAAUAACUGCCUCAAAAAUAUCUCUUGUAAAUGCAGUGAAAGAGCCACAGAAUGACGCCAAGCAAGCAAAGAUUUAUACAUCUAAGGCAACAUUUUAUGAGCUCUCCAAACCUGUCUCUGUCCAGGACCUCACAGUUAUGAACCCAACCCAUCAAGGAGUCUCAUCAUCUGCAGGAUUCUGUCAGGAAGCCUCUGUGCCAUCAGUAAAUGUUUAUCAGGAACUGUUUUCACCUUGGAUUCAGAGUGUGAGAGCUCUGCCUUUGGCUUACACGCCAGCUCAAAUAUCAACUCCUAUUUUUGAAAUAUCAAAACCCAACCCAGUUUUAUCCAAUGCGAACCCUGCUUUCAACUCCUUCCAAGAUUUACAAGGACAAGUCAUUAAGAAAGAGGCACUUAAAGACAAUUCAGCAGUUCCAACUUGGUCUUUGGGUAAACCUCCAACUGUGACUGAAGAACAAAAGCAAACUGAUGACAAUAACACAAUUUUCAACAAACAACAAAAUAUGUGUAGGGAGAUAGAGAUUCCCAAUACAUGGAAGAGUACAGUGAAUCUAAGUUUGGUUAGUUGUGAGCCAUACCACACAGAGAGUAUAAAUUUGCCUGAAUUUCCUGUGGUUAAACCUACAAUAACACCAUUUGUCAACCCCAAAACAGAUCAAGUUUCUGAAAACAAAGCUUCAUCUCUGCCAAAGGUGCCAUCAUUUUUUUCUGUACCGAAACAUCGUAGCCCUACACCUUCGAUUUCAAUGCAAGGAUCACAAAGUCCAAGUCAAGGGUUCUCCACCUAUCGCCCUCCUGUAGUGGAGGCACGCAAGUCUUUGACAUCACUUUUGGAGACACAAAUGUCAUUAGCAAGUUCAAAGCCCAAAUCACGUUCUACAUAUUACGGAUUAACUCCAGUUGAGUAUGUUGCCUAUGGUGGAAUAAGAACAAGUAUGUCGCAUCACCUCAUUGAUGAAAACUCAGACAUAACCCACACAGACAAACCUGUAGAUGACUCAAAUGUCUUAAAGCAAGAAAAGCAUUUCAAUGAACUUGUGGAUCCCACUUCUGUGGAUCCAACAGAACAAUCAUCUCACUCGAAGGUUCCAGAUGAAAGGAUUUUCACAAACUGCAACAAUGACAUCAUAGGGGAAAGUUGGAGUGAAACUCAGAAUGUUGGAAUAAAGUCAGUAAAAGUAUCUACACUGGAAACAGUAAAACACAACCUUCCCUUACAACUGGCAGAGAAAACAAAACUGCAAUCCACAAGUGAUGCAUCCGCAUCAGAAGCCUCAUACUCAGAGGCUCCAAUACCAGUGCCUAAAGCAGGUGAGGUACACACAAAAGGUCUGGUGCAGUUUUCAGUAGAGGCAGGUCAAAAAACACCUCCUAAUAAUACUUAUAACAUGGGUCCAAACAUUUACUCAUCACCUUUGAUCAAAGAGGUAAAUGCAGAAUCACAACCUAAACCGAAAGGGGUAGAUGUUGCCCAGAAACAAUCAAAUCUUGAUAAAACAAAUUUUGUGUCUGCUAAAAAUGGCCUUGCAGCAUCCAGAGUUACAAAUAUAAAUGAGCCAUCAGGAAAAAUGGAAAUAAAUCCUAUUAAUGUCAGUCCAUCAUUACUUCAUGGUGUGAAUGUUCAACCUGCCACCAAGUCUAUGACAAAUGCAGCAGACAGUGAAACAAACGUUUUUCCAAACACCACAGCCCAGUUACAGAGUCAAUUCCCAGAAGGCCAAAUUUUAAACAACACAGCCAUUUUGGGAAAAGAGCCUACUAAACUGGUUUCAGAAAUCCCAUUGGCUGGUAAAACAAAUAAAGGUAUUCAAGAUAAACACUAUGAUGAGAUCAAAUGCCAAAUUAAAGCAAGCAAAAGCAUUAUUAUAACAAAUAAAACAAAUGUUGGAAACAUAUUGUCUUCUGUACCUGUAAAUAAAGAAGACAUUCAUGAUUAUACAGAAAAAAUAUUAAAAGAACCACAUAUCCCUGCCACAGAAUUGAUGUUCCCACAUGAGCCAGUUACAGCAUCUCUUUGCUCUGGGCAAUAUGAUAUCUGCUCAGUAUCCUCACCAAGGACAAGCAAAAGAAUUAUGCAACUGCACAGUACAGAAACUCAAAGAUUCACAAAAAACUCAGAUCUAAAAAACAACUUCCAUUCGUUCCCAUCAAACUUAUCGAAUCUAUCUGAUGGAAAUAUUUUACCAAUUAAACCUACCACGGAAACAGAAACCGAUGUCAUCCUUGGAACUACAACCAAGAUUAGUCUUCCAAUAAAGAUAAACCAAUUAUAUGUGCCAACAAAAGAGUUAGAACAGCUAACAAUUAUACCUGCAAAUGUACCUGUAAAGCCACAAAAUAACAUGGGAUGGAAUUUCCAAAGUCAAGCUGUGCAAGCAGAAAAUGUUGGUGUAACUUCAUACACAUUUACAGAAAUAUUGACAAAAUCUACAAAAAAUAGGCUAAGCACUCAAGUUGAUUCUCAUUUUUCCUCAGGAAAUGCCAUAGCAGAAAGUUUUGAACCAAAACAAACAGGAAACCUAAGUAUGCCAAUAAAUAAAUCUAAAUUAUCCAAUCAGCUUCCUGAAAACCAACUUAAAGCUUCUACAAACACAACUUCAUCUACACCAGCUGGAGCUACUCAGCACUUGACAGCCCAAUCAAAUAUUGGUUUCCGCAGCAAUGUCGAAACUAUUCUAUCAACUGAAAACACAGUUCCAAACAAACUUCACACGGAAGCUUCGUUAACAAUAUUAGCAGAGUCAGCAGGGGCGGUUGAACCAGCAGCUAAUACUCUGCCAACCAAUAAAACUAUGGUGCCCUGCAGUCCAACAAUAAGGCAAGUCCCACCAAUAAGUCCACAGUUAAAACCGGAUAGUCAACCUGCAGCAAACUCUCCAAUCAAUGAAAAAUCAGUUAUUGGGCCUGUUGGGGCUAAAUUGAUUCCAAACCUUCAGCAUGUGAACAGAUCAAUAGAGAUACCUAUGUGCCAAAUUAUUAAAACUACAGUAAACGAGAGCUUUUCUGUUGUUGAGCCAGUUAUGGAUCAUAAAUGUUUGGCAAGCCCACCAUUGAAAACCAAACAUUCUGUAACAUCCACAAUGAAGGCUCAGCCGUCCAUUGCAUCUGGUCAGAUUCAGACUAAUGCAUUUGGUAUAAAUGUUCAACGUGAAAACGCAAUAUUUAUAAAGCCCAAUCAAAUACCUUUGCCUGGAAAUACAUCUCAACAGUUUAGUACUACCAAUGAGCCUCCAACAACAUCUCAAACCAAUGGCCUUAAUGAAAAUCCUCAAUCCCUUCCAUUUGUUGCCUUAAAUGAUCACUCAACCACACAGCCUCUCAAAGAAGCUGCCAAAGAUUUCAAAGUCCCAUAUAGUCUACCAUUUACAAAUAAACCAUGGGCAGCAAUAAGAUCUUCUCCAUUACCUGAGCCAAGAGUGUGUUAUGCACCAAAACAAAUGUAUACUCCUACUUUACCCCAGUCCUGUCAAAGACCUGUUUCUUUGGACGAUUUGACAGAAGCAAACCCAUUGCCAGUUAAUGUGAAACAACCAAAACACUCACCCAGUACACCUUUUCAAAAUAUUACACCAAACAGUGCAGCUCAGCAGCAUGAGAAGUCAGUCAAAGAAAAUACCUUAAAACCAGAAACUAAAAUAUCUUCAGCUAACGACUCUUCAAUCUCAGAGAUAAAACCACUUAUCCCAAUGGAAAACAUAAAAACAAACCAAUGUCCAAACCCAUACACAGAAGAAACUCUCUCCUCAUUAAUUACCAAAAAUAGUAUGGCCAGCCAAUAUACUGACUCAGUUUUGAACAGUGCAUCUGCUUUAAAAGCAAAACCUUCUAUUCAGCUAGUAAAAUCAAUACCUUCCUCUGCUGUUGCAGAAAACAAACCCUCACUAAUAAAACCAGAGUCUUCAGUGUCUCUCAUCAAUCCAAUCCAGGCUAGCUUGCACCUGAAUAAUGAUGAAACACUAGAGAGUGGUUCCCUUGACAAGACAGAAACAGACACUGUCAUGAAACCGUCCAUAGUCAAAGAUGCUGUGAUUGAUUCUGCCACUCCUGCCUCUCUGCCUCAGGCCUCGGUCUCAGUAAAAGCUCCACCUCCAAACAGAGGAACAUCACCGUCAUCUCAGCUAAAAACUGGACUCAAAGGCAAAGACAUUCUGAAGGCCAUAAGUACACCAAAGAAAGCCCCAGCUGUCGAAUCCUUCAUGAAGUCAUUGACAUCAACUGCAUCUUCAAUUACUAAGAAACAGUUGGAACCAGAGGGAACAUCAACCUCAUCCACAGAGCAAAAACCAACCCAGAAGCCAAAAGGUCUUAAGGGCAAGCUCAGUGGAUGGACACGGCUGAUAAAGCACAUGGUUGUUGAGCCAGAGGAACCCAGAUUUCCUGAUACAGUGGACAAACCUCAGGUCACUUCUAGUGGGACUGAUAGAAUGCCGCCUGCUGUCCAGGAUGUGAACCAGGAGGUUGCUCAGAACAAAGAAGGGCCCAAGGCACUAAAGAUGUGGGAUGCACUGCUCUUUCAAAUGUUCUCUACCAAAGACAAAAUCAUGCACCAAAUUAAUUCCAACAAGAAAGAUCCAGAACAGAAAAAGUCCUCUAAAGAUGAACAGGUAGUGGUGCCAUCAUUUGUCAACCGGCUCCCUAUUUUAUUGUACAGCCCUCGAUUUGAUGCCAGGAAACUGAAGGAAGCAGCAGAAAAGCCGCUGACUAAAAUAGCAGCAGCUUUUGAAAUAGGGCUGAUAAAGCGCAAAUCUCAGGAAGAGGAACGCAAGGAUUUCAACAGAACAGCAAAAGGAUUUGGUCCGACUAAAAAGGAUGUAAAUUAUGAGGCUCAUGCGUGAUUUAUCAUUGUGAUUUACAACAAACUAAGAAUUCAAAAGGACUCACAGGGGAAAUGCUAUUUGGGAAAUGUGAGCUAAAAUAGUUGGAUGUCUGUAAUAGAUGUUUGGAAGAUGAUUUUGUAAAAUUGAUACUGUUGUACUUAGGAAGUGCAUUUUUAUGUUGAGGGAAAGAAAUUGAUAAUAAUAAUACUUAAAUUGUUUUGAUUUUAUUGCUUGGAAUUUCAACAUUUCUAUUCAUUCUGAAAAAAGUUUAAGGAGUCACAAAGAAAAAGUUAACAUGUAUUUAUUUGUUUAACUUUAUUUAACCAGAAAAAAUCCCAUUGAGAUUAAAGACCUCUUUCAUAAGUCAAACUAUGUAUGUAAUAAUUUUAUCCGAAAGUUAGAUUUUUUUAAGUUACAUAUUGCUGCAUUUAUCUUGAAAAGGAUUAAUAGGUUACCUUAAAUGCCCCCCAUUUGUUGCACCUUUAAUACAAAUUCAAUAAGGAUGAAAUUUGGUAAAAAACAAAGCAAGAAAUCAUAAGAAAAUUAGAGUAGUUACUCUGCAGUUAUAAUUGCUAGAUUCUGUUUUCUGGUAAUAAUGUCAUAGAUAUGAUUUGGAACGCCUGCACUGUAGAUAAAUUGUCAGGCUCCUUUUCUACUUUUCUAAAAUAAAUAACCUUUAAGUGUGUUGUAGACAGGCAUAUUUUGUUCUCUGUGAUAAAAAGGGCUUUUACAUUCCUGGAUUAACAGGACAGGACAUAUUUGAGCAAAGCAAACUAAGUUGAAUGAAGCUGAAAUGACUAGUAACAAUAAUUGUAGGUUUCUGAAAGUGAUGGCGCUCAAUGAAUACAUGAAAUGGGCAAAAACGGGUGUUUGGUUCAUCUUAGCCAAGCUAGAUGUCUUACAACUUGACUAAAACAUCCUAAACCUAUGUGUGACAUAACUUAGGUCAUUCAAAUUUACACACAAUAAAACGUUGUUGAGAAAAAAAUCUGAAAUUUAAAAAGAUUUUUUAAAGCUGUUGGAGGACCACAGCAAAAGUUUUGGAGCUGAAAAGAUCUUGAAACUGGUUAUUGUGACGAUAUUUCUGUCAAGUUAGAAGAGUAAUAAUUCAAAAAUAAUUAAUUAUGCAUUUACUGACUAAAGCUAAUAGAUCAUUAGCUUAUGGUACAAUAUAAAUCUAUUGUUACUUCUAAGAAUGCUGAUAUGCUAUUUCAAAACAUUAGCAUGUUAGUAUUGAUAUAACUUUAGCAUUUAGCUUUGGUUCAGCUCAAUGGUUAUGCUAUUUUUGGGGCAGAGAUUUGGAUAAGAAAUAUGUUCAUAUGUAAAAGUUUCAUGUCUUACCUUUUUAAUUGUAUAUUCAUGCUUUUGCCCCCUGUAUAAACAGAAUUUACCAACUCCAUUAUUAUGGUUUGACCUAGCCAAGUAUGGGAGCACCAUUAAAUCCUGGAUAAAACUAAUAUCUGGUUACAAUUGAUACGGUCACUAGAAUGUAAAGUUAAUAAAAAACAAGUUAGGCAAAAGAUGAUAGUGAAGAGUACUACUGUAAGAAAGCUGAAGAAGAGGUUGAAGAAGUGUAAAUAGAAGUGGAAUGUUAAAAAGGUUUGGAGAAUGAUAUCACUACCACAGAAGGUUUAAAGAAGGUGUUAUUUUUUACUGUAUAGACCCCUUUUGUCUCUAAAAUUGACCUUAAUAAAGAUUGUUGAUGAUUAUUGAUAAAGAUGAUCAAAAAGAGCAGUUUCCUUCAUGAUAGGCAAGAAAACUUCAUAAAAUGAGCAAAGCCCCACUUAUUAUACCCAUGCUUAAUACAACCUUGUUCACUGUCUGAUUUUUAAAAAUGUAUAAAGUGCAAAUCUAUUUGUCUGUUUAUGUUCAUUUAUUAUUAAACCUAAAAUAAAAGGU